AGGAAGGGAUUUCUGCACCUAGCCUGGAGCCCGUGAGGUGGGUGGCCCUGGAGCUUGACGGUGCAGCUGACCAGGCUAACCCAGGCGGGCAGGCUCCGCCCGCAGGCGCUCCCGGGCGGUCCCCGCCCUCCGCGCUCCCUCCGCCUACAGCGUCCGGACUCUACAGGUGACCCAGCGCCACAGCCACUCCGACGCCACCACCUUAGCUGCCAUCACCGCAGACUCCAGCCGCAGCCUAAGCAGCAGGUGCCACCAUGCCAGUGAAGAAGUACCUGCUGAAGUGCCUGCACCGGUUGCAGAAGGGCCCGGGCUACACCUACAAGGAGCUGCUGGUCUGGUACUGCAACAACACCAACACGCACGGCCCCAAACGCAUCAUCUGCGAAGGGCCCAAGAAGAAGGCCAUGUGGUUCCUGCUCACGCUGCUCUUCGCCUGCCUCGUGUGCUGGCAGUGGGGCGUCUUCAUCCAGACCUACCUGAGCUGGGAGGUCAGCGUCUCGCUCUCCAUGGGCUUCAAGACCAUGAACUUCCCGGCGGUCACCGUCUGCAAUUCCAGCCCCUUCCAGUACUCCAAGGUCAAGCACUUGCUAAAGGACCUGGAUGAACUGAUGGAGACUGUCUUGGACAAGAUUCUGGCUCCGGAGCCCAGUCACACCAACACCACCAGGACCCUGAACUUUGCCAUCUGGAACCACACACCCCUGGUCCUUAUUGAUGAACGGAACCCUAACCACACAGUGGUCCUCGACCUGUUUGGGGACAGCCACAAUAGCAGCAGUCCAGUCCCAGGAAGCACCUGCAAGGCCCAGGGGUGCAAGGUGGCCAUGAGGCUGUGCAGCGUCAACGGGACUGUGUGUACCUUCCGGAACUUCACCAGUGCCACCCAGGCCGUGACUGAGUGGUAUAUCCUGCAGGCCACCAACAUCUUCUCACAAGUGCCUCGAGAGGACCUGGUGGGCAUGGGCUACGCCCCUGAUCGCAUAAUCCUAGCCUGCCUGUUUGGGACAGAGCCCUGCAGCCAUCGGAACUUCACACCUAUCUUCUACCCUGAUUAUGGCAACUGCUACAUCUUCAACUGGGGCAUGACAGAGAAGGCACUUCCUUCUGCCAACCCUGGGACUGAAUUCGGUCUCAAGUUGACCCUGGACAUCGGCCAGGAGGACUACGUCCCCUUCCUUGCGUCCACAGCAGGGGCCAGGCUGAUGCUGCAUGAGCAGAGGACGUACCCCUUCAUCAGAGAAGAGGGCAUCUACGCUAUGGCGGGAACCGAGACGUCCAUCGGGGUGCUGGUGGACAAGCUGCAGCGCAAGGGGGAGCCCUACAGUCCUUGCACCAUGAAUGGUUCCGAUGUCGCCAUUCAGAACCUCUACAGUGACUACAACACCACGUACUCCAUCCAGGCCUGUCUUCACUCCUGUUUCCAAGACCACAUGGUCCAUAACUGCAGCUGCGGCCACUACUUGUACCCACUACCUGCUGGGGAGAAAUACUGCAACAACAGAGACUUCCCAGACUGGGCCUACUGCUACCUAAGCCUACAGAUGAGUGUGGCCCAGAGAGAGACAUGCCUCAGCAUGUGCAAGGAGUCCUGCAAUGACACCCAGUACAAGAUGACCAUCUCCAUGGCUGACUGGCCUUCCGAGGCCUCUGAGGAUUGGAUCUUCCAUGUCCUGUCUCAGGAGCGGGACCAGAGUGCAAACAUCACCGUGAGCAGGAAGGGUGUUGUCAAGCUCAACAUCUACUUCCAAGAGUUCAACUACCGCACCAUUGAGGAAUCGCCAGCCAACAAUAUUGUGUGGCUGCUCUCUAACCUAGGGGGCCAGUUUGGCUUCUGGAUGGGGGGCUCAGUGCUGUGCCUCAUUGAGUUUGGGGAGAUCAUUAUCGACUUCAUUUGGAUCACCAUCAUCAAGCUGGUGGUCUUCUGCAAAGGCCUGCGCAGGAAGCGGCCACGGGCACCGUACACUGGCCCGCCACCCACCGUGGCUGAGCUGGUGGAGGCCCACACCAACUUUGGCUUCCAGCCUGACACAACCAGCCACAGUCCCCAUGCUGAGGUCUACCCUGACCAGCAGACUCUGCCUAUUCCGGGAACCCCACCCCCUAACUACGACUCCCUGAGGCUGCAGCCGCUGGACACCAUGGAGUCGGACAGCGAAGUUGAGGCCAUUUAGGCCCCACCCGCCCAGCAGCUGGUGAACUUGAAACUGAAAAGUCACAACCAUUGCCAGUGCCUCGUUUUAUUAGGCCUCAUCCAAAGAGCCAGGAACACAAGUGCCCAUGCCAGAGCCCAUGUCCCUCUAGAUCAGCCCAUGGUAACUGGUCAGCCCCAGGCUGAGGGCUCCAGAUGAUCGAGAUGCUGGUACCAGUAUACUGGAGUUGUAAGCUUGCCUGCCUUCUGCCCACACUUCCCACAGUCUUUGCUCUGUGUUGCCUUUUGACCUAGUAGACAGGUUCCAGACAGCCCUGGAGUCCCUCUCCUGGGGGUAGGCCACUUCCUCCAUGUGUGUCACCACCUCUGUCCUCCAGAUCAGUGACCCUGCCCUAGUCGGCACUGGUCGUCCUGUUAAAAGACCAGGCUGGGGUGAGGGGGGUGGGAGGGUGCUACAGAUCAUGGGGAGGGAUCAUCGGGUAGUAAGGCUUGUCAGGGGAGCACAUGCUUUGUUUAGAAAAUAAAGACAGAAAACACGGAGUGGAGAUUUGUCCUUUAUCCCAGUAGGUAGCUGGGGUGUCCUGGAGUGUGUCUGGGGUGUGGAAAGGGCAAGCAUGCUGCCUUGGGAGCCAAGAGCUUUUAGGCAGGACAGGGGCAGCUCUAGCUUGGGAAUCGUGCACUUCCUUCCAAGUUGUCCCCAAAGCAUCUGUCGGAGGGCCUCUGCAGUGCCACCCAGUCUAUUUCUUUAGGGUGCACAGACUCAAACCAGUCAUGGGGAUGGAGGGCAGAUGCCUGCAAUCCAGGCACUUGGAAGGCUAAGGCAGGGAGAUCUGAGUUCAAGACCAGCUUGGACUACAUAGUGAGACUAUCUCAAGAAACCAAACCAAACAAACACACAAAACAAAUAAAUGCUCUCAAGCAUCCCAAGUAAUUCAGUCUCUGCUUCUGGGGGCCUCUGGAGGUCUCUCUUAAUACCCACUCCAGGCUGAUACUCACUGGUCCCUGACUGAGUCAUAUCCCUAUCUCUCAGCCAAUCAGCAUGGUCAAUGAGCUGGAUAAACUGCUCAGCUUGGAAGACCCAAUUCUAUGUGCCCAGACCUUAAGCCACCAUAGCACCCAGCAGAUCAUAGUCUGAGGCGGGUGGGGGCCUGGUGCCUAGGGGUGCCAGAUAAAACUCAGGCCACUUAGUUAAACCAAUUUUGGGGAGCCCACAAAUAAGUUUUGUAGUGUAAUUACACCCAUACAAUAGUUGGGAUGUAUUAUAUGAAUAAGUCAUUUGUUUCUUUUGCAUUCAAACUUAGGUGAAUGGCCUGGAUCCUUUGCUGUUAAAUACGGCAACUCUGAUGACUCCUCAGAGGAGGUGCAAGGCAAGGUGCUGCUGGCUGGUGCAGGUGGCUGAACCUGGCAGAGCCCCGUUGCCACCUGCCAAGUCCCAGUGAGGAAGGAGCUCUGGCUACAGAGCCUGGUGGGUGGAGAUCAGGGGGGCUCCUUGGCCUGCCAUCAAGGCCCACUGCCACACCUGUGGAGGAAGGCAGUGCCCACCUGGGUCAAGCUAAAGGCUGUAUGGGGGACACUGGGUCUCCUGGUUCAGGGCCCAGCUAGGUGCAGACUGGAGUCACUUGGUGGUAACCUCAGCUUUAUUGUGUCAAGGCCCCGACACACUCACCAUCACCAUUUAUUGUCAUCACUAAGCAACGACUAUGGUACAUCAAGUACUUACCACCAUGUGCCAGACCCCAGGCUGAGCACGCUACCAUUUUAAUAGUAGUAUUGUGUGUGUGGUGUGUGUGCACAUACGUGUGGUGUGUACACAUGUGCAUGCCAGUGCACAUCCAUAGGAAAGCCCAGAGUCAAGGUCAGGUCUCUCCCUUGAUUGCACUCACCUUAGCUUUUUGAGAUAGAGCAUCUCACUAAACCUGGCGCUCACAGACCGGCGAGGCUGGCCAGCCAAUGAGUCCCAGGGAUCUCCAACCUUGUUUCCUGUCUCCAACCUAGUGACAGCUAUAGUUACAGACCCAGGCCACCAUGCCUGGGGUUUUGUUGUUGUCUUGUUUUGUUUUGAUGUGGGUGCUGGGGAUCUGAACUCAAGUUCUCAUGCUCAUGUGGCAAACACUUUACUGAAUGAAGCAUCUCCCUGGCCCUCAUGCUGAGUACUAUAUAACUCUCAUUUCACUCCACCCUUAUAACCUGGGAGCAGUAAAUAUGCCAGCUUAUUUAUUUAUUUAUUUGUU